AUGAUAGAUAGACAUAGAAAGCAUGAAACCAUCGAAAGUUUAGAGCUCUCCUCGCGCAAGGACGACUCUUCUGACGCCCACUGCGAUCAUUUCGGAGUUGGCUUGUACUUUGGAGCACUUGGAGUGCAGUGGGCUGCUCGCUUCAACCUGCUGUGUGUCGCCGUCAGCUCUGUGUCGCUGGCGUUCACGUUGCUCACGCAGCGCCUGCACUGGCGCGACGUCUGGAGCCUGGUCGAUGAUACUGUCGCGCUGCCGACACUCUCCGCGCUGAUCUACUACAGUGCAGACCCCCCGUCCAAGCUCGCCCGCUGGUGUUGGGUGCUGCUUGCAGCGUACGCGCUUGGCGUUCUCUUAGACUUGGUGUGGCUGUAUAUGGGCCGCUGGAGGGCGGCGCCGAGCCGAGCGACGACCGCACUGGCCGAUGCGGGAUCGCUCUGGAUGUGGACACAGGCCGUCUACUACAACCGGCAGCUUGAGAGGUCGUUGAGGGAGCAGGCCCGGCCCAUCGCGAUCAUAACUGUGAGCGGGAACCGUGUGGAGGCGAGACUUCCAUAA